AUGUCCAAAAAUGAUCCACAUAGUCCCAAGGAACAGAACCAGUUCACCUCUGAGGAAAUAGAUGCAAUGAGAGCACUGCUAAAGCAGCCGCAACAGCACCAAGAUAAGAAGACAGCCUCAACACCGUUGGUUGUAAACCCAAGUAAGAAGGAGAAGAAACAGGAGAAGAAACCUGAAGGUCCAAUAGGCCUUGAUCCACAUAGUCUUAAGGAACAGAACCAAUACACUCCUGAGGAAAUGGAUGCAAUCAGAGCACUGCUAAAGCAGCCGCAACAGCACCAAGAUAAGAAGACAGCCUCAACUCCCUUGGUUGUAAACCCAAGUAAGAAGGAGAAGAAACAGGAGAAGAAACCUGAAGGUCCAAUAGGCCUUUACAAUUGGGCCAUGGUGUAUGAACACACAACAUUUGUGAAGUGUGUUUUUGCUCUAUUCAGUACAUUUCAAGAGAAGUAUGAAAGUCCCAAGUUACUUGAAAAUGAGAUGGUGUGA